AUGAAGUCGCCGUUUCAGCUGACCAACAGAAAGGCAUACACGGCGUGGGUGGACUAUGAGCGUGGGGAGCCCGGCACCAUCCAAGUGUUCCUGGCUGCCACGGAGGUGAAGCCAGCUCAGCCACUGCUGGAGAGGAGGCUGGCGCUGUGUGCGGUGCUGCGGGCUGGAGCGGAGCAGCAGGCGUUCUACUUUGGCUUCGUGGCGUCCACCACUGUGAAGCCGUUCGAGAUGCAUCUCAUCCUCAAGUCAGGAGUUCACACUGCCUUUGGUCUGACUCUCUCUGUGGCGUCAUAUGUGCCAGUGGGAGCCAGUCCCUUCAUGCGCUACAUGAGUGCGGACUACCGAGUGUUGGCCAACCAGCAGAGUGCAUGGCAAGUCAGCGGCUCCCACUCUUGGGACUCCAUGCCCUUCCUCGGCUGGCUGGUCAAGAACCAAAAGGAGUGCUGUGCGAGUUGGGUGUAUGCGGUGGUGGCGAGUGUGGAGGCAGCGUACGGCAUUGCGCUGAACAGUGAGGCGCCACGGCUGUCAGAGGACUCACUCUUUGCAGCCAUGGGGCUCACCUCCCUCACUGCAAAGUGCAUGGCAGGCGGCUCUCCUGCCGCAGCCUUUGAAAGGCUUAUCACCCUGCCCGCUGGUGGACUCACAACAGAUAGCAAGCCACCAUCGAAGUACCGCAUCCAGGGAUUUGAGCGCACGCGGUUUAAGGGUCAUGUAGGGCUCAUGCUGGCAGUGGGACGACAGCCAGUGGUGGUUCACAUUGAAGCCUCUUCUACCUCGUUUGUACAGUACGACGGGACUUUCAAGUACCAGGAUCCUGCCUGCUACACUGGCAACCUGGACCAUGCUGUACUCGUUGUUGGGUACCUCUUUUUCACAAAUAACGGCCGCCCGAGCCAAACUGCUCCACCGUUUUGGAUCAUCCGCAACUCGUGGGGAUUGGAGUGGGGAGACAGGGGCCACAUGCGCAUGGACAUUCAGGGAGGGGAUGGUGUGUGUGGCAUCAACGUGUUGCCUGGCAUCUACCCCAUUGGCAUUGACUGCAGCCAGCCUUUGCCUGCGCGCAAGGUGAUUGCGGUGGGAAGCGUCACCCCCUGCACUGCAUUCUUCUAUGCCCUCAAAGGUGAUGCCUGCUCCUCUAUCACCGUCCAGCUGGGACUCGCAUCGACUUACCUUGCCUCUCUCAAUCCCGGCCUGGACUGCUUUGAGCCCAUCAAGGCGGGCCGCUCUCUCUGCAUCAAGCGCAACGCUACCUUCGCCUUCACCGUCCCUCGCUGCUUGCAGUACGGCAUGCUCUCAGCUCAGAACACGUGCGAGAGCCUGCUACAGCAGAGCAAGGACUCUAGUGGGGAUAAGAACACAGGAGCUGAAGUGGUGACUGCAGCCAGUUGGAUUGGUCUCUACCGCAACAAUCCCGGCCUCAUCUGCCCCCGCACCACCCCUGCCUCCAGUGCCACUGUUGCCAGCACUCAGGUUUGUCUCAAGGCCGAGUACGAGUCCAUCAAUACUAACACCUGCAAGGUGGGCAGGCUCAAGGUGGUCUCACCACUGCUCACAUGCCAAGAAUACGCGCAAGCGGGAAGAUCUACCGUCGCCUCCAGUGCGAGCUGUGACGGGGACGACGGCGAUGAAAGUGACGAAGAACACGGCAGCGACGGCGAGGAGGAUUGGCCGGAGAACGGUCACGACGACGGCGCUUUGGGGGAUGAAAUAGCUCCUGCCAACAUUGACGAGGACAAAUGGUGGAAUCGGCCAGUUGGGAGUGACGACGAAGUGGAAGAGUGGCGGGCUGGUGAUUCGGACAACGACGAGGGUGCCGAUGCUGAUGGUGAGCACGCAGAGGCAGCGGCGCAUGCAACGGGAGCGAUGGUGGAUGCGAAUGCGGAGGCUGACGACAAGGCGCAUGCGGAAGCGAGGACGGAAGAGAAGGCGGAAGCGGAUGCCAAUGCUGUUGCGCCCGCGGAUGUGGCCGCAAUUGCGGAUGCGAAUGCGGAUGCUGCGGAGGGAGGUGUUGAUGCUGUCUUCUUUGACGGUGAAAACUCCAAUGAACCUGUGGAGCAUCACGGUCCGGGGGAGGAGCGUCAAUCGCGCAUCACUGCUCUAGACAAGGGGAAAACCAAGGUCGCAGAAGCCCCUGCUAAGGCCACCGUUCCACAGGACAACGGGUGGAUGGACGAGAGCGUUGUGCAGACCUGGCUGACCAAGGAGGUGCUGCCCCAUCUGAACUUCCAACAUGGCCAGAACGCAAGGCGUGCGAUGCUGGUGUUGGACUCCUACCGCGGCCACAUCACCCAGACCAUGCUUCAAGCUUACCGCACACACAGCAUCACCCCUAUAGUGAUCCUAGUGGGUUGCACGAGCCAGAUUCAACCCCUUGACGUCUCCAUCAACCGGUGUUUCAAGGCUGCUGCGCGAGCGCGCUAUGCCAGACGGUUCAUGCGUGAAGAGAUUCACCUGAAGACAAAGAAGGUCCCUAAGAAGGUCAUCAUUGACGCGUUCCGCCACUGUGGGAUUUUAAGUAAGCUGGACGGGACGGAGAACCACCUGGUGAUGUCUCACCUGCACGCCAGGAGCACCACCGAUGUCUCCGAGGACAUGUGCCUCGGGGGAACCACGAGCGACAACACGCGCCUACUUGGGCAGGCUCCAGAGGAGGAGGAGGAGGAGGAGGAGGAGGAGGAGGAGGAGGAGGAGGAGGAGGAGAUGCAGGCGGAGGAUAUGAGGGAGGUGGCUGUGGCAACCGGCCUUGAUGUGCUGUACCAAGAGACCCCCAACUACCACGGAGCGGCGGCUGAGGCUGACCGCAUGAUCGAGCCUAGAGAGACAGCUAGGCAUCCUAGGCGAGUGCCAGACUUGGGUGUUAGGGAGCUUGCUGUUAGUGCAGGUGAGGAGGCUGUGAUAGAGGAGGGCUAG